GAGAGUGAGAGCGGAGCUGCGCGAGCUUACAGUGAUUCUGCUCGAGCGCCUCCACUUUAUGCUGUUGCUCCACCAAAAUACCACAUUUAUUUCCAUAGAAAGCGCUGCGAAAACUGAUCAGACUUCGCAAUCAGCAUCGGAAUAACAUUUCAAAGCGUUUUCCCACCUUUCUCCCCGAUUUCUGGAUUGCGAGACAUGGAUAGAUGGAAAAGUUUGGCUGUUUUUGGUGUCUGUGAGGGAGUUCGAUACGAGCGAUGAGUCCUGUGAAGAGAUUUCACACAUCUGACUGGAAAAACACUCACUUACUGCGCUCAUCUGCACAAUUGGCCACUUAUUAAACUCAGCCAGUGGAGAUAUGACUAUAGAAGUGGCUCUCUGUCCCGCUGGAGGUGUGAUGUUGAUCUGUGACUCCGGUGUGUGUGGAGACGAGCAGAAUCAUUGAUGGCUGGAUGUAGGGGUCCGAUGGUGUGUUAAAGGCGCCAUGGGGAGCUGCUGUAGCUGUCCCGAUAAAGAGAUCAUCCCUGACAACCAUCACAACAAAUUCAAGGUGAUAAACGUGGAUGAUGACGGUAAUGAGCUGGGCUCGGGUGUGAUGGAGUUGACGGAGGAAGAGCUCAUUCUGCACACGCGCAAACGAGACGCCGUGAAGUGGCCCUACCUCUGCCUGCGUCGCUAUGGCUACGACUCCAACCUCUUCUCCUUCGAGAGCGGCCGGCGCUGCCAAACCGGCCAAGGGAUAUUUGCGUUCAAGUGCGCGCGGGCCGAGGAGAUCUUUAACAUGCUGCAGGACAUCAUGCACAACAACAGCAUCAGUGUGGUGGAGGAGCCGGUGCUGGAGCCCGAGCUUCCAGUGACACCUCACACUCCCACCACUCCUGGUUACUCUGUCCCGACGGUAGCCAAUGGGAUCGGUCGCUACCCGUCAUUCGGCGAUGCCUCCUCGCGGCCUUCCAGCCGUCACCCUUCAGUGGGCAGCACUCGCUUACCGUCAGUAGGGGAGGAGUCCACACACCCACUGCUGCUCAACGACGAGACGGUGCACACUUACGUCAACACGACGGGUCUACAAGAGGAGCGGCGCUCUCGCGGCUGUGGCCACGCCCCUCUCGAGCUCCGGACGUCCAAUCCAGAGACCGCAGCCCCAGCAUCGCCCAAUGAGCUAGAGCCACGCGUGCUUCUGGAGCCGGAGGCUGUGAAGUUUGUUUUAGGCCCCACGCCUAUCCAGAGACUGCUCCAGGAGAGACCACGAGAGCUGGGCGAGCAGGACACGGGAGCGGCGGGCCCAAGUACUGACGCCGCUUCUCCCACAAAAACUGUAAACGGCGGCACGGACUGCGACACGGGCUACGACAGCGAUGAGCGCAAGGAGACGCAGCAUGAGACUCAUAAUGGCGGAACCGGAGCGAGACGCAACAGACCUCCCAUUCCACUCCCAGACGCACCGCCGCCAUGUCCAGCCUGCAGAAAGCACAGCCGCGGGACGACGGCACAUCCAGGAAAACACGACACAACAGUACUGACCUGCCCAUGUGACCCAAUGUUUAUCUCUCCAAAACACGUCUAG